UUUCAGGUGACUAGAGAUGCCAAAGCAAGAGUUCAACCCACUUGAUUACACUGGACCACUGAUAGUUGGAGCAAUUUUCUGCGUCUUUUUGUUUGUGAUUUCGUUCUUUGUUAUCAACUUCUUCUGUAUUACCAAAUACGAUGAUAUUACAAAGUUUGAAUUGAUGGGAGGUAAAUAUGGAUGGCGCCUAGGACCACAUCCAUUGAUCGUUGUCAAGAAGGGUGGAUUUGUCGCCGAGGAGGAGGUUGAUGAUGCUUAAAUACUUAGUUCCAUUCCAACAACAAAUCUAUAUUUUGCUUUUAAUGGUUUUGUUUUUGAAAUAUGCAGUACGUUUAUUGCAUUUUUAAUAAUUCCGCAACUUUUUGCUGCAAACUUUUAUUCGAAUAAAAUUUUAAUUUG